AACGCCGGACGGGUAUGGGAGAUAUCACACCUACAAGAAAGAAGAAUAAAAAAUAAGAAGCUGAUUUGUGAGAAUGAAGGAUGAUCGGGUUAAAAUCUUACUACGCUUACCAAUUCCAGCAGAUAACAUGCUCGAAGUAGUGACAAAGCUCCGAAGACUUCGGGUCCCUCCCAUCCGCAAAGACUCAGCUUGGGAGCGUAAAACGGCGUCCACCCUGGGCUGAGAAUCCCGAACGGGGUAUGCGUUCCACCUAUCCGGGAAUGGCAGAGAAUCACCUACCCGAACGAACAAAAACCGCUCCUCCCAGUCAGCCUGCGGGGUAACAUUCUCUGUGAACAGCUGACGAUCAGAACGAGCUACCAGUUUCAGGUACCCGGUCGUCCAGUAAGGUUGAUAACAGUAAUGGUGAAGGAACAGAUCGACGCUUGGAGUGAUCCUCAACUCAUGGCAUCGAAUGAUGAAGCCGGUCAGAAUGCGGUAAGUGCUGGGCACGAACUGAGCGGGCAGUACAGCAACCCGGCGUAAGAAUUCCACAAUGAAUGAAUGGAGAGGGAACCGAAGCCCAGCAGUCAGAGCAUCAAGAUGCACUAGCACGUGCCCCGGUCGGUGCCUCAUCGGGUGCCGAAUGAAUCUGGCGUAGUAUUCCCUUGGUGGGGGCAACAACUGGCUAAGUUGCCGUUCGACAUCUUCUGGAAGACGUUGUUUUUGUUUGCGUAUGCGAUUGAAGUGUAGGGGAAUGCGGGGUGGCCGCUCGGGCAUCCCCAUAUUAUAGACUUGGAGGUCAUCUCCGGACAGACAUCCGUCAUCCUGUGGCUGUUCGGUGUGUUUGCCGGCUUGAGGAUUCGCGGGUUUAGGUGUUUGGGACGAAGAGCCUUCGGCUUUGUUACCAGCGGAUGUCUUACUUGUGCGAAUCAAAGGCAUCUCUUCAGAUUCUGAGCUAGAGGGGUAGUACAUAAAAAACACUGGAGAAAACUCUGGGAAUUCUAGAGAGAGAAGGCUUGAGAGUAUGCAAGAGAAUUCUGGGAAUUCUAGAGAGAGAAAGCUCGAAAGAAAAGUGAGAAAACAGCAGGAGAAAUUAGGGGAAGCACCUCUCUAUAAAUAGGGGAAGUGCCGCACAAAUCCUUAAUCCAUGAGCAACACGUGGCAUAGGGUGGUUACGAUUAAUCUGGGGCAUUUAUGAUUUAUUUUUUGUGCACGUACCCCGGACGGGCUUACAGAGGAUUAGCAAAGAUCACAGGGACUUGCUGUUUAGAAAAACUGCUAAGUCCUAAAAGUUAACCUGAAGCCCGACCGGCUAUCAAUGUUGUAAAAGGUAAUCUGUAAUCAAACGGCUGUCCUAAAAAUUGAUCUGAAGCCCGAACGGCUACCAACUUAUGAAAAAGCCCAGGUGCGAAGAAAACCAAGAAAACAGCUGUCCUAAGAAUUGAUCUGAAGCUCGACCGGCUAUCAACGUUGUAAAAGAUUAUCUAAAGCCAAAAUGUGCUAAGUCCUAAAAAAUGGUGUUAAGCCCGAACGGCUGAGUCCCAGAGAGAAGGGGUUUUUUCCUUAAUAAAUUAUCAGAACUUUCUAAUGCCCGAACGGUGAUCAACGGCAUUAGGAGUAUUUGAGCAAGAAAUAAAGUCAGGAAAUUGGUUAAGUCCUACAAAACGGGCCGAAUCCCGAAUGGCGAGUAAAUCAUGCAAUAAAGACAGAAAAGACAGUACACAAAGCUUCAUGCAAAAAAGGGAUAUAUAUUCAUCGGUUCUACUGACCGGGAAGUACAAGCUACUUGGAGAAGGGAAAAUUACAACAAGUAAUUAAAAAGUACAUAUAAAUUAUUGGCCAGGGGCCAUUUCAUCUCCCUCUUCGUCCUCGUCCUCAUCAUCAUCAGAUGGGGGUUCAGGCUCUCUCCCAGCGGCCCGAUCAGCUUCCCGUUGCUGAGCUCGCAGAAAUUUCUCGAACUGCGCCUGUAUAAUGUCAUCUUUGGGAAGAUCAGAAGCCUGAACCGGCCUCCCCAGAUUAUUUUGAAGCUGAGCAACGAAGGGACGCAGCAGGACCUGGCCAAUUUUGCCAUAAAGGUCGGAAACAAUGGAGUCGUUCCAUUUUUUGGCCUCAGGAUCCUUGUCCAAGAGGGCCACCCCUGCCGAUAGCCGACCAGCACCUUUGGGGAAACCCUUCAAGUACGCCCCAAAGGCGAACGGGAUUUGGGUCCUUGCGUGAUCAUCCUUGAUGAUGGAGAAUUCAUCAGAGGAUUUAAAUGUUUCCCGAACGGCGGACAGAUCCACGUUCACUUCAUAGGGACCGUUCGGGAUGCUGGAUGGCAUUUCUUCAAACUUGACCUGUGCGGCCUCAGCGGCAAGGACCUUUGCCUGGGAGGCUGCAAGUUGGACCCGAAGGGUACCAAGCUCAGCAUCCAGCCUCUGCUUCUCCUCCGCAAAGGCCUUCCGUUCGGCCUCCAGAGAGGUGAUGGCUGCAGCAGCAUUUUGCUCAGCAGAAGAUUGGGCAACAAUCAGUUCCCGUUCCUUGGCCAGACGGGCUUCCCGCAUUUGAAGGGUGUACAAACCCAUCUACAGAGCACCGUUCGAGAGUUAGUACUGAUUACAGAGAAUAAAAUAAAGACAAAGCGCAAAAGAUAAUGUACCUUCAGAGCGGUCAAAGCCAGACAUUCUUCAGAUUGCUCGACCGGCAACUGAGGAAGGGAAAAAUUGUUGAACCAAGAGGAGGUCGACCAGAUCUGGCUCGCAGUGGAACCAGCCCUUUCUAAUACCUCGUGGACAGGAUCAGAUAAGGAGAUCCGCUCGACCUGACCAAUAAUAUGGUCGGUGUGGGUCUCACCUACAUUCGAGGGUUCCCCCCGAACGGAGUCAAAAUGCUGAGAGAACUGAUGCAGUUGGUCAGAGCCGAACCGAUCAUCGACCAGCAUGGCCUCGAAUUGGUCCUGAUGGACCUGCUGUAUUGGCUGUGGCUCUGGAAGCGGUUGAGAAGAGGCAACAUCCUGAGCAGGAACAAUGGAGGGAGUAGGUUGGGGAUUCUUCCUGGAUUUUUUCCGUUUACCGGCCCCACCGGCUGCGAUAACUCUGCUAUCAUCCAUAGGUAGAUCUGGGUUUGGUGCUGAAAAAAGACAAAGAACAAUGUUAGUAACGAGCGGCCUUAGCGUGUGAGAAACUAGAAAAAAGAACAAAAGAAUGUUUCUCGCACGGGAAGGACCGCCCGGACCAUGGCACUUGGUUUCUCAAAACAAGUAAACCCAAGAGAACGGGCAGUACCUAUCCCGACUGGAAUAAGUCGUUCGGGAGUCAGAUAACUCAUGAUGUCCAUGCAUUUAUCCUUCUCCACAGCAAGCACGUCCUUAUAAAUUUCUUCAGUGAGGACAGGAUCAGGAGUUUUGCGGGGGAAGGCAUUCCAUUUGCGGGGAAUUAGGCCGUCCAGGACAGACACGAAGAAAAACCGGUCUUUCCACCCUUUGAUUGAAGUUGGGUUUCCCUUGAACAGGAUGUGUCCCGUUCGGGCACUAGUGGCCAGAUAGCCGUGGGUUUGUUGGGGGGCUACCUUGAAAAAUUGGUGAAAGAGUUCUAGGGUUGGUCGGGCGCCGACAUCUUUACAACGGCAAAUAAAACCCGCCAUUGCCCGAUAGGAGUUCAGCAUAAUUUGGGCCGGUACGACUUCGUAGAAAUUGAAGAAUGAAAUGUAAAAAGGGUGUAGCGGAAACCUAAGGCUGGCCCUAAUUGAGUCAAAAUGAACUAUGGUCAUUCCGGGCCUAUGACGCAUUGGGUGAAGCCCAGCUUGCAAACGGAAAUCCACCGGGUCAGGGAUAAGGGCCGGAAUUUCGGCCCUAUUAUGGGAGGUCAGUUUUGCCGCCUCUCCCUAAUCAAUUUUAGGUCAAGGGUAUGGCGAGGGAAAUCGUUGGGACGUCCGGCCGCCAUGGAGGCUAUUUCGUCCUCAGAUUUGGUGUCGUCGGAAUCUUCACUGGAGGAAGAAGAAGUGCUAGGGAGGUCCUCCGCCUCAGCCCUGGUAUUCAUCGCCGUUUCAGUAGAACCACCGGCAAACGGGAUUGUAAUGACGUCCACAAUAGCGGGUCGAAAACCCGAUCGGGUCUGCCCUCUUCUAGCUGAUUGGGUCGGUUGACCCGAACCCGAAAACCCGAACCGAAAAGCCCAGCCCAUGUUUUAAGGGUUAUGGGUUACGGGUAGGGUAUUAUAAAUCCCUACCCGACCCGCCCGAAUACCCGAACUACCCAUACUAUAUAUACGAAUUAUUUAUCACUAACCCUAACCCUAACUGCCUAACACUCCAGCGCCUCCACUCUUCAGUCUUCACUCGCAACUCCCUCUCUUGAUCUCUCCUACUGCGAGUCUGCGACUUCUCUCUAACCAUCCCUGUCAACUCUCCGUCGUAGGUCCGACCUCUGUAGUGUAUUUGUACCUCCGGACUCCGGUGGAAGCUUGUACUCUCGAUCUCUCACUCUCUCGGUCUCUCUUACUGAGGUAUAAACGUUAAAUACCUAAACUGUAUGCUUGGUGGUUUGGUGGAAGCAUGAUCCAUAAGUGUGAUGUGUUAUCUGUUUUGUAUAUGAAUUAGUUGUAUUAUUUUGAUGCACUAGAUUCGGACCCUGAUACCCUUUCUAUGAAUUAGUUGUAUAUGAAUCUGUUUUGGUGGAAGCUUGAAACCCUAGAUUCGGACCCUGAUACCCUUUCUAUGAACUACCUGUUAAUCUAUGAUGCUUUGGUCAUGCAUAUGAAUAUAUGAUUAUAUGAAUCUAUGAUUCUGAGAUUUUGAUAUAAAUGGUCUCUGAAUAUGUGCUGCCUCGAUGAUGCAUGUGUGAUUCUGAGAUUUUUAUAUAAGUGGCCCCUGAGUAAAGAUGAUGGUUGAUUUAUUAUGAGUUCUGAGUCUUUUGAAAAGUGUUGAAGUUGCCUUUUUCUACUCUAACACUCAAAUGAGUAGUUAGAGUGAACUGGUAUCUUCUAAGUCUGUAGAGAAGUGAAUAAGCCUACUGCUUAUAUCCUUCUGUAGAUCAGCUUGCUGAUUGUUCCAGACUUUAAUUUCAAUGUAUGAUGUUGUGUUCAAUCUGGAAGCUUGCAUUAUUGAGUUUUUUGAACUAUAACUUCCUAUCAUUUAUCAGAAUGGAAGUUGCCUUUUUCUACUCUAACACUCAAAUGAGUAGUUAGAGUGAACUGGUAUCUUCUAAGUCUGUAGAGAAGUGAAUAAGCCUACUGCUUAUAUCCUUCUGUAGAUCAGCUUGCUGAUUGUUCCAGACUUUAAUUUCAAUGUAUGAUGUUGUGUUCAAUCUGGAAGCUUGCAUUAUUGAGUUUUUUGAACUAUAACUUCCUAUCAUUUAUCAGAAUGGAAGUUGAAUGUAUGGAUACCAUACCUGCAUCUGGCUCUCAACCUCCUUUGACUCCUGUUUCCCAAGAACCUAUGAUGGAAGCUCAUGAUGCUGGGGCUAACACCAGCACACAACAGACUAAUGUUCCUGGAAAUAAGAGAAAGGAGGUAGAGUCCAGAUCUAGAAUAUGGGAUCAAUUUGAAAAGAUCAAAGAUAGUAAUGGUGUUGUUGUCAAAGGAAAAUGCAUACAUUGUGCUAAAAUAUAUUGUUGUCAGUCUAAGAAGCAUGGCACUUCCUCUCUUAGAAAUCACAUACUGAGUUGUCUGAAAUUGCCUGCCUCAAACGAUGCUAGGCAAGCCCUUCUCACUUUCCAACCAGUCUUGUGUAAUCCAACAUCUGAAAAAAUUGGGGUGUUAGGGACUUGGGUGUUUGAUCAGGUUGCAAUUAGGAGAGCACUUGCUGAAAUGCUUAUCAUUGAUGAGCUGUCAUUUAGAUUUGUGGCCAGACAAGGAUUUAGGAAGUUUAUCUCUGUAGCUUGUCCUAGGUUCCAAAUUCCUUCCAGAUGGACAAUUGCUAGAGAUAUCUACCAAAUCUUCUUAGAUGAGAAAUUAAGUCUGAAAAGGUUGUUUAGGGAACACACUCAGAGGGUCAGUAUAACAACUGACACAUGGACCUCUGUACAAAGGAUCAAUUACAUGUGUAUAACUGCACAUUUCAUUGAUAAUGAGUGGAAGCUGAAUAAAAAAAUAAUUUCCUUUGUUCCUGUGACUUCCCACAAAGGAGAGUACUUAGCUAAAGCCCUAGAGUCUUGCCUAGUAGAUUGGGGUUUGAAAUCUAUCUUCACUGUAACUGUUGACAAUGCAAGCAGUAAUGACACUGCAAUUGGUUUUUUUAAAAAGAAGCUUUUAUCUUGGGGUGCCUCUUCUGUAAAAGUUAAGUACCUUCAUAUGAGGUGUAUUGCUCAUAUCCUUAAUUUGGCUGUCCAAGAUGGUUUAAAAGAAAGUGAUUCUUCUGUUCAAAGAGUGAGGGAUGCUGUUAAGUAUGUUAGAAAUUCUCCUGCUAGGCUUCAAAAAUUCAAGGACAUUUCAGACUUGAUUGGAAUGGAAACUAAAGCUGGAUUGCACCUAGAUGUCCCAACUAGGUGGAAUUCAACCUAUUUGAUGCUCAAAUCUGCAAUGUCCAAUGAAAAAGUGUUUGAAGCUUAUGAGGAGAAUGAGAGUUCCUAUCUUGUUGAUCUAGGGAGUGAGAGUCCUGAUGUUGGGGACUGGAUUGCAAUUGAAACUUUGGUGGUCAUUCUUAAAAAUUUCUAUGAUAUGACAGUUAGGAUUUCAGGCUCUCUUUAUGUCACUGCAAAUACCUUCUUCUCUGAAAUAUCUGAUCUGUUCCUUGUUCUCAAAGAGAUGGUUGCUUCUGAAACUGAAUCUGUAUCUCAUAUGGGGACUAGUAUGAAAUCCAAACUGGACAAGUACUGGGGUGAUCCAGAAAAAAUGAACAUGCUCAUUUUCUUUACAAAUGUGCUAGACCCUAGAGACAAAUAUGAGUACAUGCCACAUCAAUUGAAUGCUUUGUAUGACGAUAAGAUAGGUGAGGCAUUCUUUGCAAAGAUAAAGCUGGGUUUGAAUGAGUUGUAUGGUGAUUAUGUUACAAACUAUGAUGUUUCAGUGAGUGGAAGCUCUCAAUUAAGCCCCAGUUCUGUUUCUUUACAAUCUGAGUCAACUGAAAGUAGGCCUGUCUCAAAAUUCAAAGCCCAAUUGAAAAAGCAAAAACAAGAUAGUGGUCUCUUAGGGUUGAAAAAAAAUGAACUUGAACUAUAUUUGAGUGAGAACAUUCUUGAGGAGGACAAUGAAUUUGAUAUACUGAGAUGGUGGAAGCUUAAUGGUGAGAGGCUUCCUAUCCUAUCUAAGAUGGCAAGAGACAUUCUUGCUGUUCCUAUUUCCACAGUAGCAUCUGAGUCCACUUUUAGUACAAGUGGAAGAGUGUUGGACUGUUUUAGGAGUUCUUUGAGUGCCAAAAUUGUAGAAGCACUCAUAUGUGCUCAAGAUUGGUUGAGGAUAUCAAACCAGCCUGUGUCAGUUGAAGAAAAUAUUGAGGAGGUAGAAAGGCUGGAAGCAGAAUUAACUGAUGGAAAUGUUGAUGGAGGCUCUUCUCUUGAUCAGAUAGUAGUAUACUUUUUACCUUUAUCUUUUAGAUAUGUAAUAUAUUAUAUUAUUAUUUCACUAAUGAUUUGCUAUAUAUGCUUCUGUCAAUGAUCUGAUUGUAAAAGUCUAACCAUGUUGCUGUCAUGGCAUUGGAAGUGUUGUUGAUUCAUUGGUACAAUUUCUCCUAAUUACUGUGUUUGUACUUUGCCCAACAAGACAUGGUAAUCUUCUUUCACUCUUGAGUUAAUUGAUGAAGUGUAGCAUGUAUCUGGCAAUGAUGAUAGCUUCCACCAAAAAUGAAAUUGAUGGGUUGGUGUUGAUUCUAUUUCCAUAUAGUUUCGUAUGCCCCCAUUAAUAGUGAAGUCAAUUUAAAUCUGAGCCAAAUAUAACAUCAUACAUGCUGCCUUAAUGGAAGUACUAGAAUUUGGUAAUGUGAACAUUGAGUUAAUUGAUUAAGUGUAGCAUGUAUCUGGCAAUGAUGAUAGCUUCCACCAAAAAUGAAAUUGAUGGGUUGGUGUUGAUUCUAUUUCCAUAUACUUUCGUAUGCCCCCAUUAAUAGUGAAGUCAAUUUAAAUCUGAGCCAAAUAUAACAACAUACAUGUUGCCACUUAGACAGUAAACUGGAAUUUGCUUAUGCAUAUGUAUUUAUGACUUCUGACUUAUUAGAUUAAUUGUUGCAUUAUUUAAUCAGUAAUGAUAGUUUCCACCAAAAAAUUAAAUUAAGAAUACAAAACUGAGUCAAAUUAAGGAUAUGUUGCUUCCUGCCUUGGUUUUACUACUGCAAUUUUCCUAUGUACUUAUGAAUUAUGAGUUCUUACAUGAAUUGUUUACUCAAUUAGUUAUUUUGGCAAUGAGGAUGGCUUCUAGCCUUCUACAGUUCUACCAGAAAAUAAAAUAAAUGGGUUUGGUGUUGAUUCUAAUUAUAUAGUGAUUAAUGCCCCCAUUAUUAGUGAACUGAAAUUAAAUCUGAGCCAAAUCUUAUUGUAUUUCUAUAUACUUUUGAAUUGUUUAUAGUUCCCACUUCCCAAGUUCCCAGAAAAUAAUAAUGAUAAUAAUGACACUAAACACUUCCCAGUUUAGUGUUUUAUGAUACUAAUGUGUUUGUGACUUACAUAGGAACAAAAUCAAUGACUGUUCGGUUGAUGAUCUGCGAAAUUGAUGAAACCUGGAAUUCUGGAAACACUCUAGUAGACUAGUAGUCAAGUAGAUGUCAAGAGUCAAGAUCUGAAGACUUGUACAUCAAUUGAAUGUUGUUAAACUUUUUGUUGGUACUUGCUGUUUUGGAACAUUUGAUUGCUCAAACUCUAAAUGUUAAACUGCUUUGUGCAUAAGCAGUAUAACUGUGUAAGUGUUAAUGUAUGAGUGUAUAAGUGUUAAGUGUAUAAGUUAUAAACUUAUAACUAUUAGCCAUGUGUUUGGAGUUGUACAAACUCUACUAAUUUUGCAAUUGCUUUUGAUAACAUAUUAAUAUGUAUUUUAUUUGUGUUUGUAAAGUCUAAUCCAACAUUUUUUUUUCAAGGUGAUUUUAUGAAUUAUUUGUGUUAUGUGUUUAAUGGAUUUAAUCAGCCCGAAUGGCCCCGAAAACCGAUUAAAACCGACCCAAAUCCGAAAUUGUGCAACCCGAUUAGACCGAAUUUUUUUU